UUUUCUUCAGUCCUUCAUUUGGUACUCUCAUUUUUCCCUUCCAAGGCCCCUUUUUGCCAAUUGAGUCAAGGGCUUUCUGUAUCAAUUUUCGGGCCAGAGACCUCCAAACCACAAAAGGAAUUGCUGUAAAGGAACUUUGAACCCCAAAAGAAAGAAAAAAUGCGGUUUCUGCUCCCCUUUGUCAUUGGGCUCACCCCCAUUGUUUCCGCCCUCAGCAUCAACAAGCCGGGCGCCAACUCGACAUACGCCGCCGGAUCUACUAUAACGGUCAACUGGACUACGGUGGACACUGACCCCACCGAAAUUAGUCUCUAUCUGUGGAACUUUGUCUCCUGGCCUCCCUCUUACGUUCCUCUGGCUCAGAAUGUGCCCACCGCCGAUCAGUCAUACUCCGUGCAGAUCCCCUGCGACACCAACCCCGAAUGGGGUUAUCAGAUCAGCGCCAUCAACGGAACCAAUGUCUACAUUAUCCACGCGCAGGGUGACCGGUUCACAGUUUCCGAUGCUGUGAAUGGCACCAACUGUGCCGAUCCCAUCAUCCCACCCCCAGCUUCCACCUGCGGUCCCACCAACGCGGUGUCGACCGUUUAUGUCACGACUACUCCCACCCCGUGACCUUGGACAAAGUCCCAACGCCGACCCCGGUACCAACUGAACACAACGACGCUGGACUCUCUACGGUGACUGCUGCACCGAGUGAGGUCACUGGCGAAGCGAAGAUCGUGACGAUCACUACCACGGUGUCCGUACCUGCUGCUCCGGGGGACGAAC